GCGUUAGCGGCGGCCUCCCGGCGCCGAGGUAGACGUCGGCCAAGGCGGCGGGGAGCUGACUGAGCGAGUGGAGCAGCGCGCCGAGCAUGGAGCCGAUCACGGCCUGGAGCGAGGAGACGGUGUGCCAGUGGCUCCAAGGUCUGGACGCACCCUUGGGUCGGUAUGCCUUGUCGGAAUGGCAUCUCUCCGGCAUGGAUCUGCUCCAGCUGACUUCGGAGGACCUAGAGAGGCUGGGAGUGUCCAAGAUCGGCCACCAGGAGCUGAUCCUCGAGGCCGUGGAGAAGCUGUGCUCCUUGUCAUACGGUGACACCGGGGAUAACAUGCGGGGCCUGACGGAGAAGCUGCGAAGCGUGGCUCACAACUUGCAGAUGGGCAUCCAGAGCCGCUGGCGCCUCAACAACUACGACGGGCAGAGUGCCACCAAGUUCUCCACUAGUGUGCUUCACGCAGUGGUGGAGCUCAUUGCUUCUGCCAAAGGACUCUUCUCCUUACUGAAAAGGUAUCAGCUCUCCCAGCUUAGCGAACGUACGACCAGCAAGAAAAUCUUCAACCAGUGCAAAGAACUGGGGGCGAUUGUGCAAAAGAAACGAACGAGUGUCUACGAGAAGGAGAAGGACAUCAUCUCUGUGUGCCGUCAAUUGGUGGUUGUGUGUGACGAGAUCCUGACCUGCAGCCCGGAAGCUGUGCUCACCAAUACCACACAGCUGGAGAGCGUCGACCUGGUCCCCGCUUCACCAGGAGAUCAGCUGGGCAUCGAGAUAACAUCCAUCGGCUCCAGUAACCACUAUGUGACCGGAACGGCAGCAGAGCCAUCAAAUGACGUUGCAAAGAUCUUAGCUGGAGAUGAAGUGAUCAAAGUCAACAACCAGAUUGUGGUGGGCUGGAGCCGGGCUAACCUUGUGAAGAAGUUACGGGAGAAUCCCAGUGGCGUCACUCUGGUCCUGAAGAGGUCUUCCGGCUCGCUGUAUCGCAGAGUUCCGGGCCAGCACUUCUUGUCUGCGCAGGAGGAGGAUUACUAUAAAGAGGAGAGCUCUGAAGAAGAGGUUGAAGAAGGAGAAGAGGAUAAUCCAAGGCACUCCAUCUUCGAGAGGGUCGCAGCUUCUGUCCGGUCACUGUCUUUCAGGAGAGCCGUUCAAGGGCCAGAGGUGAUCGAGGAGCCCAUGGGACAGGAGGAGUCAGAGCUGUCUGCCGACAAGGAGCUCGAAGGCCGGCUCCCUCCGGAGGGGGCUCCAUCGUCACUUUCAGUCUCAGGAGAGUUUGAAAGUUUGGCUGGUUUGAGACUUUCCCCGGGCCCCACCCAGAGAAGGGACCCCACGUCGUCGCCAAUAAGCGUUUCACCCUUCGAAUUCUGUCAAAGUUCUUCACUGCAGGCACUUAGCCACGAGAGAGCGAGUGUCAGUUCUUGUCCUGAAAUGGUGGGCCACACGGUACAACAAGAGAUAAAGAAGAGUUCGAUUAAAGGUAUGACGACGUCCCUCAGUCGGCGCCGCGUGUCCUGCCGAGAGCUGGUGCUGCCCGACUGCGACGGCUGGCUGUGGAAGAAGAGGAAGGAGAGCAGCGUUUUCAUCGCCCAGAAGUGGCAACGCUUCUGGUUCGUCCUCAAGGGGCCGUCGCUCUACUGGUACACCAGCCAACAGGAUGAGAAGGCGGAGGGUUUGGUCAACGUUGCCAGUUACAGCAUCGAGAGCGCUGGCGAGCACAAGAGGAAAUAUGUGUUCAAAAUGUGCCAUCAACGAUUUCAAAACUUCUUCUUCGCAGCUGACAAUGUCAGCGACAUGAGCAAGUGGAUUAACUGCCUCAUCACGGCCAUUAAUAAGCACAAGAAGCUGAGCCCGGGCCCAGACAGUGAAGAAGAGUGUUACAGUGAGACAGAGUCGGAGAAUGAGGGAUCCCCUUCGCCCCGCAGGAGAAAUAAGAAAGUGCAUUCCAGCACGUUGCCUCGCCCGAAGCGCAAGACCAACAUUAAGAUGCCAUUGCCAAGUUCUUCAACAGGGGGCAGCAAAGCUGCCCCAGAAGACGAAAUGGGCAAGAUGUUGAACAACAUCAAGGAAGGAGGCGUGUCGCUGAUGGGCCACGAGCAACCGUUCACGCACGAUCACUUCAGGAGGUCUUUCAUCCGGCGCAACAAGAACCCCGUCAUCAACGAGAAAGUGCACACGCUCCGCGCCCUACAGAGCACCCUGAAGGCCAAAGAAGCUGAAUUACAGCAGAUCAACAAAAUUCUAGAAGGUUCCACAGUGACGGCAUCAAUGUACCGCCAGUGGAAGGAGCAGAACGAAGAACUGGUUCAGGAAAUCGAAAAACUGGCCUCUCUCAGGGCCUCCAAAGUCGGAGACGCCAACGCCGCCGCCGACGUCGCGGCGCCAGACACGCCUGCCGAUGGGGUUGCCUUGGAAACUGUCGCCGUGGAAACAAGCGCUGCGGAGACAGAAGGUGCAUUUAGACUGAACCUCAGCGAGGGCGAGCAGCUGGUGGACGCCGAGCCCUCGGAUGUUCUCCUGGAGCUCCCUCAGGGCUCUCCGGCGGAUGAGACCGGCUGCGGCGGCUUGGAACUCUCGCUCGGCUCUCUGCAGGAAUCCAUCAACAAAGAGCUGAGCCAGAUGAGGGAGAGCGGAGAGACGGACGAAACUUAUUUCUACAUUUAAACGCAGCUCCUGUUGUGUGUGUCACUACAGAGACAAACGGAAGGACGCCGUUCAGUUUUAAAACUCACCACAAAGGUUUACUUCACAGCCUUUUUUUUUUUUUUUUUUUUUUUUUUAAACUGUCCUCAAAAGCCAGCAUUCAUCUGUGUUGGUGGACACAUGACUCAGAAUCACAGGGACGAAGUCAAACCAGAGGUUUCUGAACCAGAAGACGACGUUUACACUAUGAUCCUGGCGGCCACGGCAGCCCCGUCGCCCGAAACGAUAUGGGAGUGCAAAAAUGAGGUCGGGAUGGGACAAGAAUUUGUAAAAACACAAACAUCGAGUCGCCUGGAGUUAAAUGUGCUGCGUUAAGUAAUAGUCCACAACACAACGCGGCACCGUUCUGUAGUGCAGGGGUGUCAAACCCGUUUUUGUCGCAGGCCACGUUGGAGUUCCAGUUUCCCUCAUCGGGUCGUUAUGACUGUGAAACCAUAAAAAUCUUUUACCGCCUCAUCGUAAUUUUAAAUUUUAGUACAGAUUUGGACAAAAAUCUCGGAAGUUCAUACACGUGAUUUAGCUUUGUGAGGCACAUAAAGUCAUCUGGCAGGCCGAGUCUGGCCCCGGGGGCUUGAGUUUGACACCAGUGCUGUAGUGGGAUGGGAAGUAUACAGUAUAUAUUAAUUGGUAUCUAAUGAACUUCAAUGAUAACGCUACUAAAAUGUAAUGGAAUGUUUAAUUUACCGACAAUGCCUCCCAUGGAAUAUAAACAGACGUGGCAAGCCGUGAUUGCCGUGGAUGCCUGGAGAAAUUUUUAAAUUGUGACUCAAGUACUUCAAGUAAAGAAGUACAGAGAACUUGACUGAGUAAAAAUCAGUCUUCACGGCACAGUAAUUGUAUAUAAUAAUAAUUUUGAUGGCCACACAGAGCGCAGUUGGUUAGCAUAUCUGCCUCAGAGUUCAGAGGCCCGGGGUUCAAAUCCAAGCCCCGCCUGUGCAGGGUUUGCUUAUACUCCGCCUUCCUGCAUGGAUUUUCUCCAGGAACUCCGGUUUCCUCCCACAUCCCAAAAACAUGCAUAAUCGGUUGAUGGUUGAAGACUCUAAAUUGCCCGUAGGUCUGAAUGUGAGUGCCAAUGGUUGUCUGUGCCCCGCUAGUGGCUGGGGACCAGUUCAGGGUCUCCUUUUCUUAACUCGGGCUUUUACGCUAUCAAAAUCUAAUCAAGCCAACUGUGGAUUUUAGGGCAAAGUGACACAACUGACAAAGAUGAUACGAUGACCGCUAUCAUAUUUUCCAUUACACUCGCACCUCACCUUCUCUCCAAUAGCCCACCUUGGCUGGGUUUGGGAUUGUGAUGGAAAUUAUGCAACGUGAUCAGAUGAUCAUGUCGUGUCUCCUGGUUUAGUAAGCAGUGCGUGGCUCUUUAACCGAGGUUUGUUUUGAACGUCCUCGUUCCAAGUACUGUGGUGCCUCCAUUUUUGAGUGAUGAGUUUUUCGAGACGAGCGCAAGCUUGCCAGAUAAUUUAAUUUACAGUCCGUUUUUUUUUUUUUUUUUUACUGUUUUUUUUUUCUCAUUUAGUGGUUUUGCCAUUUACAGUAUUUUUUUUUUUUUUCAAUAUUUAUUUCUUGAGGUGGCGGCACGGUGGCUCAGCUGUUAAAGCGUUGGCCUCACAGUUCCGAGGAGCCGGGUUCAAUCCCAGCCCUCCCUGUGUGGAGUUUGCAUGUUCUCCCCUGUGCCUGCGUGGUUUUUCUCCGGGCACUCUGGUUUCCUCCCACAUCCCAAAAACAUGCAACAUUAAUUGGACACUUCAAAUUUCCCGUAGGUGUGAUUGUGAGUGUGACUCUUGUCUGUCUCGUUGUGCCCUGCGAUUGGCUGGCAACCAGUUCAGGAUGUACCCCGCCUUCUGUCUGUUGAUAGCUGGCAUAGGCUCCAGCACUCCUUGCGACUGUUGUGAGGAUAAGCGGCAAAAGAAAAUGGAUGGAUGGAGGUCUUAAGCUUUUUAAACCCUUAACCACACACUUAUCAACUUUUGUCAGACAGGCAUUAACAUUUCCUCACAUUUCUCUCUUAUAAACACCCUCAAAUGUCAAACCUUUGUAGAUUAAAAAAAAAAGUACACUUCCGAAGUCCUGAAUGAAACAAAAGCUCAAAACCUGUUUGAGGCCAAAACAUUUAUUUGAAAGAUAAAUUUAUAAAUGUCCCUCCAUUCAGUUUCUUCCGUUCUAUCCUGGACUGAGAACCCUACAAGCGUUUUCCUAUAAAAACAAAAAUAUCCCAUUUUUUAGAGAUAACAAAUUUAAUUUUUAUGAUCAAUCUGUGCGGUUGGGCACACAAGAAAUAAUAAUAAUAAUAAUAAUAGCGACUCAGGCGUAUUUUACAUUUCCUUUGGCCAGUUGACACGGCUCUACUGUAGUAUUCUUGGUGCAAAAAAAAAGGUAUGGGUCGAAGUUGGCACUCUAUUUUUUUUCUUAUAAACAGACGUGCCAUUUUCGAAUUACGUGUGAAAACUGCAGCCACGACGUGUUGUGCAGGUGGGCCGAAAUGACGCGGGGGGCCGCCGGUGGUUGCCAAUGGUCUACAGUCCUUUAUCCAAUCAGGAUGCCGAAAACGAUGUGGGUUUUACCUGAGCGAAACAGGAUACAGAACACAAUACGCAUUAAUACGCUGUUAAAAAAAGAAAGCUUUAUACAGAAUAACAAAAUGACACAUACAUACACAAAAAUGUGUGUAAUCGUGAAGCGCUUCAAAACAACUGAGUUAUAGUGUAUAGUGUUAUAAAUUACACUACUUUUCCUAUUGAAAAAAUUAUUACAAACAUUUCCCAAAAUAUUUUUGCGCAGUACUGGAACGGAUUAAUGACCUUUCUAUUCAUUUCAAUGCGGGAAGAUGAUUUGUUUUGGGGUUCUGAACAUCGUCAUGGAACUAAUUCCCAAGUCACGCCAUUACUGUAAUUGUGACUUUUUUGUGGUUAUGCGACAGCUCAAAUGGGACACUAGAAGAGCCUGUAAAGUGCAUUUUUGCCAUUUCUUGCAAGAAAUAAACAGCAAUUUGUGAUUUCCAAGAAAGUACGCCAAUGUUUCGGCAAAUUUUGCAAGAUCGCUGCGUGAAUAGCGACGAAACAGUGCUUUAUUUACAUGCGCCUGUGAAAUAUACAUUUUUAUUUUAGACCUUAACUUGUUGCAGUAUGUUUACAGAUUGAACAAGUUGCCAAUCGUCAGUAUAACAUGUAUUUAAUUCCAUGUCAUGAAUUGUAACAUAGUAUAUAGUAUGUAACAUAGUACAAGCUUUUUUAAAAUGUGAUUUGUAAAUAUCGUUUUAAAGUUAUGUGCCGUGUGUGCUCGUGAAUUGACAUUUGGAAAUAUUUGCACACAUGUACACAUAAAUCACUGCCAAUGUAGUUUUAUUUUCAUUUCAUUUUAUUUUUCCCAUAUAUUGUACAGGUGGAUUUUGGGAAAUCAGAAUAUAGUUGGAUAAUAACUUACACACAAAGCAAAUUAUUUCUUAAAAAAAAAAACAACACAAUUCACCAUCUCGAAAAAUUCAAUUAUUGCAUAAGAAAGCAUAAAAAAUGAUUUAUUUAAUACAGUAGUUGAAUAGGAUUGGCCUUCUGGAAAGUAUUUUACUGUGUUAAGCAAAUCUCCUUAAUACACAAAUUUCACUUUUUAAUUGAACGGCUGUACUGAAAUGAACUUAGUACCUUAUUCAAAUGUAUCGCGAUGAACAUUUGUUUAUGAAUUAUCCAUCAUGGUUAUGUAUUGCUUGUGAAGUAGUGACGCGUUUAAAAACCUUUGACUGGCUCAUUUUAACUGGGUGAGUCAUUUGAUAAUAAAUAAAAAAAAGAAAAAAAGAGCGUCAUGAUCGGCCACAUGAUUCAGCUUCACCCACAUUUGUCAACCUAUUCUGAAUGUAUGAUUUGUAUCAUUUCUAAUGAUAAGCAUUCUUUCCUUUUUUCUUUUUUACCCUGCUUAUGCCAUGUGACGUAACCUAGCAACACUAUCGUUAUUGGUGAGGGUAAUGCCUUUAAAAGCAGAAUAAAACGUGAGGAAGAUGAUCAUUCCCCCCUCUUUUUCCUCCCUUUUCAUGUAA